AUGCCAAUGCCACUUCACGACGACUUCUCCAGCGGCGGUUGGCUCACCAACCCAGCACAGAUCGUAACUGAACCACGGGUCGAAGCUUCCGAGGUCAUUGCAACUCUUUCCCACUGGUUGACUCAUGGUACGAAGCCAGAUGACAAGAUGCUCGCGCUUGCGUGGUACCAGGAUGAGAAGCAGGAGCAAGCAGUCAAGCAGCUCUUCAAGUGGCUGGGCUGCGCUGCGGUGGUAGCCGGCAGCCCUGAUGGAGAGGUGACUGAAGAAGAUUUCGUUCACUUGAUCAAGUUUGCUCUGCUCGGGGCUGGCUUCUUCAUCAUGCGUGUAGAGUUUCACGAGAAGAACAUACGAGACCGCUACAUGUCCAUCACGCGGGACCGUUCCGUGAACACGAACAUCAAGACCAAGGAUAAGGACCAUCACAAGCAGCAACACGCACUCGAUUCCUUGUUGAGGGACAGAUUCAAGUCACUGAUUGAUCGACCGAUUACCUCGAGGUCAGAGCUCGCAAGCCUGACCAAGUUCGAGAACGCCAAUCACGAGCUUGUUGCCAGUCUCCUCAAAGACACAGAGAGUUGUCUUCAGGACCUCGACAAGGUGUUGCAAACGGAGACAGCGGCUUUGCGGAGAUCUUUGAUGCUGGCGGAACAGGACACUGCACCUGACGGACAUCGUGCGACCCCUCAGCUUCUUUUGGGGCCAUGUGUGGAGAAGUCUGCGGCAGAGAGCAAGAUCAAGUCCUCGCCAGAGGUUCAGCGUGUGCAGCAGGCUCCUGUGGUCGCCGACGCGAAGCCGAAGACCAAGUCGACGGGACUGAGCAGUGGGAGUGUACUUAUGAUGAUGUUGUUGUUGGUCGCCGUUCUGGUCUUCCUGGCCUGA